AUGGCUGAGCCCCGCACCAGUAUUCCAGGAGAGGCAGAUCCCAGCUUCUUUGUGUCAUACAUAGAUGCGCGCGAGCAGCGAAUCUCACAGCCAGCUGAUCUGGCGCGCGCCCUUCAGAAGGCAGCCAGCAAUCUAAAAAGCAGAAUGCUUUAUGCCAUGCAGCUGGGACUGUUCAACCUGGCAAAGGCAAAUUUUGGGAACCUCACGUUCAGCCUUGAUCCGGUUGGAAAGGCCGUCAGUGGGCAGCAAGACAGAACCCCAGCCCUUGCCGAAAUCAUCCAGACCUAUGGAGAACUCCUGGCCAAGUUCAGCCAAGGCAGGCAGAAUAGAAGGAGCGGUGAUGCGAGGAUGCCUUGGCCAGUGCUGUGCAUAGAUCAAGCAAAUCAGCUGACAGCCUGGGCAGAAGACGACAGGAAUGAGCAGCUGGAGCUGGAUGCGCUCCUUAACUUCUUUGUCCGGGUGACAAAGCAGGACAAGCAGUGCCAUGUCAUCCUUGCCACGUCAGAUUACAGUUUUCUGCCGUGGCUCUCCAAGAGUGAGACUCUCCCAUACAUGAAGGUUACAGGUGGGAAUCCGGGCCUGCUGAUAUCAGCUGCUGCAGAGUACAACGGCGACUGGGAAUCAUAUGGCCACCAAGUGCUGGAGGCCAUGGUUGCGGCUAAUCUGCUGGCGUACAGGCCAGUUUCAGACUGGAGCAGGGACCUGCCUCCAGAGCUGCAUGGAGAGAGGUGUGAAGCUCUGGUGACUGCCUCUUCCGCUGCGCACCUGUACGCUAUGCACAUUCUGCAGGCCGCUGGAGACUUUGGGGCACUACCAGAAGGUCAAGGCAGCGAGGUCUCUGGAGCAGUGCCCAGCCCAGACCCAGAGAUGGCCCCUGUGAUGGCAGCUCUGCAGACUGUUGAGCUGCAGAUUGACCGCAUCGAGCAGAAGGAAGAGAAGCUGGAGUCUGAGAAGCCAGAAUUCUGGAGAGAGGAUCUCAGGCAGCUACGGAGGGAGGAGGAGCAGCUGCGGAGAAAGAAGGAGCAGCUGCGGGAGGAGGAAUUGUUGCUCUUGCGCAAUCAGUAG